GACACAUUCCAAACAGCAGGCAACUUAAUGCGGACGUCAUUUUCUUAGGAAAAAAAAGUCACAGCAAAGGAAACGAAACCUAAAGCGAUCAACUGGCUAUUGUUCGGUUAUGUAUAAAACCGAGGUUUCUUCAUCCGCUCAGUGAGUAAGCAACAUGGAUCAAGAUCUCCCGCUGUUUGCAUUAUAAAUGUUAACGAGUUGUAGCCUACGAGCAAGUUGACAAGCCACUCAAUGGACAUCAAAUCCAAGCAGCACAGAUGUCUUCCCUUUGUUUACUACCAAGCCAUACGGGAUCUCCAGCCUGUAUGGGAACUAGAGGACAUGAGGACAAUGGAGACGUUUUACUGGGACACACAGAGACGGAGAACUUUUACUCCCUCGGAAGCCAUGAUUUACGCCAUCGUGCACGACCACCAAGCCUAUGCACAAUACCUGCUGAGUCACUACUCGGAGAACGCACUGGCAGUACCAAGUCAGUACUUUUGCUACAUCGAGGCUUCGGUUCCACACUUCAUCAUGGCUGUCCGUUACAACAGGAGGGAAAUUCUGAAAUUCAUGCUGCAGAUGACGCAUCAGGUGCCCAGUCUCCAAGCGAACUUAGGAGGAAGGUUCAACUUAGAAGACGGCAAGACUCCUCUGCACCUGGCGUGCGAACUUCUACAUGUAGACGCUAUUAUUCUGUUACUGGGCAACGGCGUGCCACCGCAAGCCGAGGACCAAAAUGGAAUGACACCCCUGGACGUGAUUCUGUCGCAGCUUCGGGAAACCAAAGUCAACAUGGGAAAGAAGAAGCGAUGCUUAGAUAGCUUGCUUAUGUUCAUUCCCGAGUUAAGAUUUAAAAUGAAGGGCUCCCUCGAAGAAGACCGUGAUUACUGGACACAGGUCAUUGGAGAGGACACACUUCGCUACCUCGUUGGAAAGACCCCAGCCCCACUGUUACUUAUCACUAUGCAAAAAGUGCUUCGUCUCCUACCCUCGGCGAAGUUUCUGGAGAGCCUGCACCAGCUUCCCAUUCCGACGUCACUGAAGUCGCUCAGUGUGCCCGGCGUUCCCCGGGAGCCACCUCGCACAGCGCAAAAGAAGUGUUUACCACAUGCGCGUUUAAAUCAACAAUAUGUUGAGGAAAUCUAAGACAGCAUUACAAAUGUAAACAGUAAUUGUAUGAAGAAAGCAUGUUGUUGAUAUACGGUUAAAAACAAGUGAUAACUGCAGUUUAAAUGGAACUUGUUUAGAAUGAAUGUGUUACGGGCACAGCAAGUUAGGAGAGAAACCAGGGAAGUGUGUCGUGUUUUAAGAUUACUCUGAGAUUUAAGUAUUUGUUUGGUAUUGACUAGUAAUUUAUGAAUGUUACAAUAUCAUGUGUUCAUUUUAAAAAAAAACAUACACAGCUGAAGAUACCAUAAAUAAACACAUUUGCUUAA